AUGCUAAAAGGUUUUCCUAUUCAACGACUUCCUCAAGUCGUAUUCAGAGAAGUGUUGAAAUUGAUGCCACCUGUGGAAAUAAUCGCCCUCUACCAAACCUCCCGAAAAUCCGGAAUCAUUGUCCGUCAAAUCACCAGAUACCAACGUGUGAAAACAGCGUUUACACAAGAACGCCCCCCGUAUUACCUAUUCUAUUUGUCUGGGAGUAACGGAAUGAUGUCGUCUUUAAUGUUGCUCAAGAUUUGCGAGGAAAUGGAGGAAAUUCCAGAAGAAAUGGUGCUGAGCUAUGAGGAAAGAUGGGCGAUUUUUAAUCACACGGAUGUCUGUGAAGCAUUUCGAAAAACUUUGAACUUUUUGAAGGAUAUUUUCGAAAUUGAUUUGACAGAAAUGAAGUUUUACAAGGCUUCUCAACAAGAAAUAAACUCUAUCAUCCGGAGCACUGGACAACAAAUUGACAAAUUUCGAAUGCGGUCUUGUGGGCUCUUUUGGGAGUUCUCGGAAGAAAUAAUGGAUUGCAAAACAAUUGAAAUCCUUCGAGUACCCAAGAGCACUGAGGAGCUGAAGAAGUUCUUUAGGAAUUGGAUGGUAUCAAAUUGGAAAUUUAAGGAGUUUCAGUUGGAGGGAAAAUUUGAUCUACAAACGAUAUUCAACGAGUUGAUAGAAGAGAUGAAGAAUAGAGUAAAGGUUGGCAGAGAAGAGUAA